UGCUUACACGUACUAUCGGUAGGCAAAAAGAAAGGGGGAAACAGGCCCUGGAAGGAAUCGAAUAAAAAUAUUUUGCGCCGACGCACAGUAAGGGUGAAAGUCAAGAACGGUUGGCGGACCUUGCCUUACAAAUUGCAAUCAAUGGCACGGCGAGAGGGUGAGGGUGUUGCUACCGUCGGCUAUUUAUCCGAUUUAUCCCAUUCGUCGAGUCUCUACUUGAGUUUCUUAUUUUUCAAUUCUGAACACGUUAUUUGAGGUAAAUGUAGUAACUGACUACUGUCUCUUCAAUGCACCGGCAGCAUCAGGGGUGAUUUUUUACGUAUUACAACGCACGACUGUUACGUACGCGAUACGCAACUGUUCGAAAAGGCAUAUUUCGUUACAGUCAGCCCAACAUAUACUACAUUAUUUUCUACUAUUCUAUGGAUAAUAAGUUGAAGAAGCCUUGAAGGAUGGGUAGUGGUGGAGUCAGCGAAGUCCCAACAAUAUUUCAUCCCCGAAGAUCACGUACUCCAAGCAUCGUCUUGAACGAGGAACAACAGAACAACGGUCCUUAUGCUAGUCCCGUGCAAGUUAUACUGGAAACGUCUUCAGGAUGCGAACAACAAGGAUGUAGCGCGAGCGGAGGAUGCAGUGAAAUUUCAAUUGCUUGUAGAUCUACGAAUGACCCAGGCGGAGGAGGGCAAAGUCAACAGUCAUAUGCUCCAGGAAGUUCUUCAAAUUCUCUAUCAACAUGUUAUGCUUCUUGUUGUGCCGAAUCGGCAAAGAAGAUCUACUUUGGAGUCUGUGUAACGAUUUGCAUAACGGCUAGCUGGGUUGGAGCAACCCAUUGUAUGAAAUAUUUAUACUUUAAAAAACCAGAAACAGUUGGUCAAGAAGCUUCAAUACCUUCUAAUGUCUCUGGACUUCAUCAUCAGCAUUUAACUCUGUCCUAUAAUGCACCAUUUUUCACGACAUGGUUCUGCACAAACUGGGCAGUCCUGUAUUUCCCGGUAUACUUUCUGUGCCGAGUAGCGAGCACAAAAUGCUCAAAUCCAUCGGAGAUUGUCGCAGAAAGUCUUCGAGGUUUUCGAGACAAAGGGUUCACAGGCGGACGCUUCUUGACACGAUGCAGUCUUUUUUGUGGUCUAUGGGUAGUGACAAAUUACAUGUACAUUCAUUCGCUAAGGAUAUUACUAGCAACAGAUGUUAUGGCUCUUUUUGCAACUAAUGUUUGCUGUGUUUAUCUUCUCUCCUGGGUUAUUCUCCACGAACAAUUUGUUGGCGUUCGGAUAGUAGCAGUCAUUUUGUGUGACACAGGAAUUGCAUUACUUGCAUAUAUGGAUGGUAUCUCAGGUAGUCCAACUCUUGGUGGUGUAGUACUUGCAGUUUCGGCUGCUGCUGGUUCUGCAGUUUACAAAGUAUUAUUUAAAAAGGUAAUAGGGGAAACUACAUUCGGUCAGGUUUCCCUUUUCUUUUCGUUGGUUGGGUUAUGCAAUGCUGCUUUACUGUGGCCAAUUUGUCUCGCUUUGUAUUUCUCGGGCGUCGAAAGUGUACAAUGGAAUCGUCUCCCUUGGCCAGCUUUACUUUCGGCCAGUAUUCUUCAUUUGGUUGCCAACAUGUUGGGGAACUUCAGCAUUGCCUUGACUUACGAUCUUUUCAUAACUUUGGGAUUAAUCACCGCUGUACCUGUGUCUGCAGCCCUUGAUGUAGUCCUUUAUGGCGCUCACUUUGUUGGCAUGAAGUUGGCAGGGAUAAUAUUGAUAGCAGUUGGAUUCUUUCUUGUGAUGUUCCCUGACAAUUGGCCCGAUUACAUCACGCGAUUGCUACGUACGACAAGUUCGCAGCAUCAUGGGGGUGGCAGAAGCGCGAUGAAUAGAAGCCGAAGACAAUCAAUCCAGCAACGGCAAUUCAGACGGAACUACGGGGUCUCCUCCACUCAGGGUGAUGGACAAACCCUUCUUCCACUCCCAUCCGCAAAUAGUACUAACUUGACCUAUCAUCAUAAUAUCAACACUUCUUCGUCCUCUGAACCUUCGCGCCGAGUCCCUACCUCAAAUUCAACCACUACCAACAACCAUCAUCGCUCGCUCAUCGUCCCUCAAGUCCAACAAGCAUCGUGAUGUCCGUUGAACGGCUCAGCGUAAUUUACAAUUGAUGGAGCAGGAGACACAGGCACGGAUUGCCAGGCGGUACAUCACGUGACGUAGUCGACUAUCGAACUGGAUACAUAAAAUCACAUCUACGAUCACCUUCUGGGAGGGUUCGGUGACCAACCUACAGGGCCUUUUAUGCUUAUUAUCAGAUGACUAUCAGGGUUUCACAAGAUCCAGUUCUUGAUUAUCACACCCGGAAUAUCAAGGUUUAUAGUGGUUUGAUCUGUUAAAGAACCACUAACAAUAAGCUGAUUUUAAAGAAAUGCUGUUCUUCAUAUAAAAAUGAAAGAUUCUGAGGAAAUUUCAUAACUUCACUUUUAUGGGAUUAACUCAAGCAUUCAAUGAUUAAUUGUUACGCAGUGAGUUCAGUGUUUGAAAAAUAAUCGUUUGUAUUAAGGAGAAG